AUGCAACUGGCAGCUCCAUCAAAAAACCAAUUCUUUAGCGAUGAGGUUGCAGCUCAGACUGACUUUGAUGUAGAAAACAUCAAUGACAUAUGCUAUCAAACAUCUUUAAGUCAGCCUCAACUGUCCUUCUCCGUGGAGGAAGUAAAAGCUGCAGUCAAAGAACUAAACACAGGCAAAGCACAGGAUGGAGCAAACCUACAAGUCGAACAUUUUCUCUACGGAGGUGAAGACGCAUACAAAAUAACGGCACAGCUCCUCAAUGCAAUUGCUACUCAUAGAAAGAUCCCACUCUGUAUGAAGCAGGGUAUUCUCUCACCAAUCUACAAUAGAAAAGGCGACAAGAAGAACUCUGUAAACUACAGAGGGAUUACAAUAAUGCCUGUUCUUUAUAAGAUCCUUGAAGUUUUGCUCCGAAAACAUCUGAAGGAAAUAACAGACCCCAUCCAAAGUAGACUACAAAGAGGCUUCACUGCAAAUGCAUCUCCUCUACACUGUACUCUCCUGGUGCAAGAAGCUCUACUCGCGGCCAAGGCCAGAAAACAAGAUUUAUUCAUUGCCUUUCUUGAUACCAAGUCUGCCUUCGAUGUCGUUCCUCACAACAGCUUGAACAGGAAACUGUUCAAUUCAGGAGUGAACGGCGCUUUGUGGCUCUUGCUAAGAGAUCUGCAUCAAGAAGCCACCUCAUGCAUAAAAUGGGAUGGUGUUACCUCUGACCCGUUCUCAGUCCUCCAAGGUGUAAGGCAAGGGGGAGUACUCAGUACGGAACUCUAUAAGAUCUUCAUAAAUGAUCUCCUUGAAAGGCUAAACAACUCGGGACUAGGAACCACGGUAGGACAUCUCAGAAUACCUGCGCCCACUUAUGCAGAUGAUGUAGCCCUCAUCGCAGAAUCAAAAGAGGAACUGGCAAUACUCAUCAACAUGGCAGUUGACUACAGCAAUAGGGAGCACUACGUACUUCAGCCAACAAAAGGCGUAGUGAUGCAGGUUGCCAGCUCGAACAGAAGAGAACUUGUCCCACACCACAACUUCGAAAUAAAUGGCGCAGCAAUGCCGAUUGUCGAGCAAACAUCACAUAUGGGCAUUCUUAGAGCAUCAAGAAACCAAAACUAA